UGCAGAUUAUUAACAAUCGCUGACUUGCCCGCAGUCAAAGGACGGGGCGCGAGGUUGGGUAGAACCCCUUGACCAAAUUCUCCUGAAUUUGUCGUCAACGUGCCCAAACCUCCACCCGGGGCGUCCACCAUCUCUUCGUUGUGCUAAAACAUCUUUCGUUGAAUGUUUGUGUUGGAUUGAAAUCGUCUCGUUGAACCUCGAUGUGUCUCGGCCUAGUUUAGCUUCGUUUAGCUUGCUAGCAUCUAACGUAGCGUAAGCGUAAAGUGUUGUAAUUUUCGUGUGAAAAUGUGCGCAAGAAAGACUGCAGUGUACGAGGAGGAACUCUGUGGAGAAAAAGAGGACCACAAGGGACAACGUCAACUAUUGGACGCCAUUAACAGGAUGCAGCCAAGAAUUGUUCUUCACAGAUUAGGUGGCAAAGAUGUUUGUCAUGAGCGGCUGGUUGCAGACCCCUCUCACUUUAAAGAGGAAGAGGAGAGCAGAGAGGUCUCCCACUUUAAAGAGGAAGAGGAAGAGCAGGCCCUUUACAUGAUUAAAGAGGAGGAGCCAGAGCAACCUUGCACAAAAGAUGGUGACAACAUAUCAUCAAGCGCUGAUGAUGAUGAUGAUGAUGAGAAUGAAGAGUUUGAUGGUGCAUGUCACACUGGCAACAAACCCUGGAAAUGUUGUCGGUGUUGGAAGAUGUUUAUUUGGAAGAGUGAUUUGAAAAGACAUGUGAGAACCCACACUGGUGAGAAACCGUUCACCUGUUCAGAAUGUGGCUGGAAAUUCUCUCAGAAGGGACACUUAAAAAAACACAUGAGAAUACACACAGGUGAGAAACCUUUUGGCUGUUUAGAUUGUGGCCAAAGAUUCUCUCAGAAGGGAAGCUUAAAUGAUCACAAAAGAACCCACACUGGUGAGAAACCUUUUUCCUGCUUAGUUUGUGGCCAAAGAUUCUUUUGUAAGGGAUACUUAAAAAGACACAUGAGAACACACACAGGUGAGAAACCUUUUGCCUGUUCAGAUUGUGGCCAAAGAUUCUCUCAGAAGGCACACUUAUUGAGUCAUGCAAAAACCCACACUGGUGAGAAACCUUUUGUCUGUUCAGAUUGUGGCCAAAGAUUCUGUCAGAAGGGACAAUUGGUUUCCCACGCAAGAACCCACACUGGUGAGAAACCGUUUGUCUGUUCAGAUUGUGGCCAAAGAUUCUCUCAGAAGGGAAGCUUAAGUAACCACACAAGAACCCACACUGGCGAGAAACCUUUUUCCUGCUUAGCUUGUGGCCGAAGAUUCUCUCGCAAGGAAAGCUUAAAAAAGCAUGUUAAUACCCACACUGGUGAAAAACCUUUUGCCUGUUCAGAUUGUGGCCACAGAUUCUUUUGGAAGAGGAGCUUAAAAAUACAUGUGAGAACACACACUCGUGAGAAACCUUUUUCAUGCUCAAUUUGCACCCAAAGAUUCUGGUGGAAGUAUCAGAUGAAGAAUCACAAAUGUGAUAAUGAGGUGAAUAGUUAUCAAUGAAAUCUUCACCUCUCGUCUGAGCACGCUUCGUCAGGCUGAUUGUAUUUUAUUUACCUUCUUAUUGGGAUGCUGAAGUUUACUUUUUGGUUUGAUUGUUUGAUUUAGUUCUUAGUUUUUUUUGGUUGUUGUUUUUUAAUUGUACCGUCCUUGACUGUACAGCACCCCACGUAUCGAUGUGUUUCAUCGUCUUUUAGUGGACAUGAUCCUAAAUAAUAUGAACAUUUUCCAUUUUGUCAUGAAAUGUGCGAUGGAACAAUAUGUAUUCUUGUUUGACAUUAUGUGUUGCUUGCUCCAAAAUGGAGAGAUACAUGACUGAUGAGGCACUAAUUCCCUGGAGUGAGAUUGUUAAGGAAUUAUUCCGGAAGAAGUAGUCGUAGAACAUUGUUGAGGAAUUCAUCUUGCUAUGAGAACUACUGAUACUAGUCUCUGUCCUGAACAUCUGCUGAAGUACUUAAAAGAAUGUAGUGUGAAGUUUAGAUCCUAUUUUCACUUGGUUAAUUAACAGCCCCCGAGGGUUUUUCUGCCUCCACCACCUCGUAAAAAUCCCUGAAGGCUGUCAAGUGCCCUCAAAGAGGAACCCUAAUCUCAAGAUCUGUGACCAGCAGCUGUGGUCCAUACUUUGUCAUCAUAUCAAGAUCGAACUUUGCUUGACCUUCUUUGUCUCUACUUUUUCUUGGUUAGAUUUAAUGUUUAUGGUGUUAUUCCUCUCCGUUAGUUGUGUUUGUUCAGACACUGAAAGAAACAAUGUACAAUGCGGUUGAAGGUAUUCCUGCUCACUGUUUUUACAAUCACCUUUAGUGCCCUCGACCCCCACCACUUUUAGGGCCCCCCUCCACAGGACAUGUUUACCGUCAAAAGAGGGGCUGUUAUCUCAAGUCUCUAUGUUCCUGCCUUCGCACCAAAUGGGUAGUGGUGGUCUGGUCUCACCUCACCGUUCCUGACUUCCUCCGGCCACACGGGGUCAGAUGACAUGUUACUUUCAUUGUUUCGGGAUUUGCAUGAGAGGCGUACCUCCCCGCCCCUCAUCAUAUUGUCUCUAUAUAAUCUCAUGAAUGUGUUUCUUCGGGGCUUCCUGAUGAAAUCUGAGAAACACAGGAGCCCGAAUCGAUUCGUGUUGGGUUGUGAUAAACUGGAGAAAAGACAA